AUGGCGACCAGAACCGAUUACCAGAUUGCGUCGCUAGCCGCUGGCUUCACCAUUGGCUUUGGGUUUUUGACAGUAUGGGAGGCCAUAAAGCAGACGAGAAGGAACCGUAAUCCUCUACGAAGCAUAUACAUUUACAUGUUAUGGGGUGAAAUUGUUGUAAAUUUCGUCAUUGCAAUAAUCGGAUGGCUUUUCUUAGAUGGCGUCCUUGGACCAACGGUUCCGGUCUUGUUCUUCAUUCUCUUCCUAUGGGUGUGGGAGAUUCAGCUGUUGAUGCAAAUCAUUAUCAAUCGUAUUGCUAUUAUUGCAGAGAGUCAAGAGAUCAUCCAGUACAUGAAAUGGGGAACAGCUUUGGUCAUCACUUUGAUUAACAUUGCCGUAUUUUGCAUCUGGAUUCCGUCCCAUCUCGACCCGCCAGCCAGCCAGACUUACGUGAUUAUCAACCACUACUGGGAUCGUCUUUCUAAAAUCCUCAUCUUGAUUGUCGACGCUGGUCUCAAUUGGUACUUCUUGCGCGUGGUCAAGACCCGCCUCCUGAAUCAGCAUGGCCUGGUCAAGUACAAGCCUCUCGUUGGCUUCAAUGCCAAGCUCAUGAUUCUUUCAAUCGCCAUGGAUGCUAUGCUCAUCGGUCUUAUGUCGCUGCCCAACCAGGUUGUUUACGUCCAGUUCCACCCCGUCGCCUACAUGGUCAAGCUUAAUAUCGAAAUGUCCAUGGCCUCCCUGAUCACUCGUCUGGCCAAGGAUCAUGACAGUGGCUUGAGAUUCAACUCACUCUCCUACCCACAUGGCAACUCUGGUUGCCAACAAUCCCACCAAGCCCACCUCAACGACCGAGCGCAAGGUCACCACGAAACAGGAGGCCUCAAGAGUUUCCACCAAGCUAGUAUCGGCACGGUUCCCGCAGAAAGAGAUUUGGAGUCGACGCACGAUGGAGGAAGCGACGUUAGUCGAAAAAUCAACGAUGAAGUUCGGGUCGAUUCGCGCAAGUCGAACCAAACCUCAUCGUUUGAAGACCAUGCCGCAAGCGGCAAUUCGUUUUAUAGAGUCGACGACGAAGACUCGUUGACGAGCAACGCUGGGCAUCCUGAACCUUCAGGAAAAAAGGAUUAA